CUGAGGGCAGUGUUUAGCACAGUGUAGCCGGGGGCCAGCCGAGCAGGCACAGAUGCUCCGCUGUGAAAUGCCACGCAGGCAGAGACUGACAAGCACUGGGAGCUGAGCUUCCCCCCCGUGGACUGCUGUUUCCUGCUGUUUUCAGGGGAGGGGGCGCUUUCUGGCCACUCUGCUGCUGUUGCCGCUGCUACUUGAGCUCUCUCUCCACUCAAGGUAAGCAGGCUCAAAGGGAGGGUAGGCUGCAAGUGAAGCCUUUGCACCAUGAACAAGAUUCGAAAGUUUUUCCGAGGAAGUGGGCGAGUCCUGGCAUUUAUAUUUGUAGCUUCUGUCAUCUGGCUGCUCUUUGACAUGGCAGCUCUCCGCCUGUCAUUCAGCGAGAUCAACACUCGGGUCCUCAAGGAAGACAUCGUCAGGAGGGAGAAGGUAGGAUUCAGAGUUCAGCCAGACCAAAUGAAGAUCCUUUAUAGCAGCGUAAAAGAAAUGAAGUCCCCUCUGAGGGGACAUGGGAAGGGUGUGUGGGGCAAAGAGAACUUUAGAAAAACUGAGAAGAGUAUGCUCAAGGUUGAGGAAGACUUGGACCAAACCCAGAGGGAAAGAAAAAAGCAGAAUGCCCUGGGAAGGGGCAAGGUUGCCCCUUUGUGGCAUCCUGCGUAUCUCCAGACCCUUCCAAGGACUUUUACCAAGCAGGAGACAGAGAAGCAGGGCAUUGAACCUGAAGCCUACUCUCGUCACAUGGCAAAGCAAGUGCGAGCUCAGGGGGCUCAGAAAACCCCAUUCAUAGCAGCAAGAGAAACUCAGUUGGCAGAAAUAUCUGUACACGCAAGACCUGUCGAUAUACACCAGGAGGCCCUGAAGGGUCAUAGUCUCAGCAGUGACACAUCAAAACAAGCAGCCGAGAGAAACCCAAAUGUGACCAUCAGUCCUAAUACUGACAGAUCAAAGCAGCAAUCACAGGCGGUAGCAAAUGAGAGGGCACACCCUGCCAGCCCACUGGUGCCAAAACCUAGGGAAGCCAUAGCCUUAAAUAAAACUGAAACUCAGAGCAAAGAACGAGACUCAAAUAAACACAAAGCCAAUAAGAACCUUCCCUUUUCCAAGUUGGUUGCCAAUUCAAAUCUCUCAAAGAAGCAAUAUAUUAAUGAAACACAGUUGGGGGGCUUGCCAAAGGAUGAUGGAGCCAAAGUGGCUGGUGGGAAGAAAUUCAAUUUCUCUGAAAGCCACGUUGUGAUUAUAACCAAAGAGGAGGAUCUAAAGACAAACUCCAAAGAGGCCCCCAAUCUUAAAAACAAAACUGCACUCCCUAUUGUAUUGGGUGAAAGCCAAGGGAAACACGUUUCCAGGAAUAGAAGUGAGGCAUCUUUCUCUCCAUUUGCUCUACGGAGAGCAAAAGUAUCUCAAACCCAUCGAGCCUUAGCUGAGAGGCUAGAGCCAGCAAGAAUCAACUUGACUGCCAAGGCCCAACCUGUAGAACUCAACCAAAAUCCUAUACAAGUACCUGAAGAACCUGGAAUGCACCAUGUGUUGAGAAUUGACCUGACACUUUCUCCAAGGGACCCCAAAGCUCCAGGCCAAUAUGGACGUCCUGUAGUUGUCCCCCGUGGCAAAGAGAAGGAGGCAGAAAGAAGAUGGAAAGAAGGAAACUUCAAUGUCUACCUCAGUGAUUUGAUCCCAGUGGACAGAGCCAUUGAAGACACAAGACCCGCUGGGUGUACAGAGCAGCUAGUUCAUAAUAACCUCCCGACCACCAGUGUCAUCAUGUGCUUUGUGGAUGAAGUGUGGUCCACUCUGCUGAGGUCUGUUCAUAGUGUGCUUAAUCGCUCUCCUCCGCAUCUCAUCAAGGAGAUUCUGCUGGUGGAUGACUUCAGCACCAAAGACUACCUAAAAGACAAUCUGGAUAAAUACAUGUCUCAGUUUCCAAAAGUUCGGAUUCUUCGCCUCAAAGAGAGACACGGCUUAAUAAGAGCCAGGCUGGUGGGAGCCCAGAAUGCGACAGGUGAUGUGUUGACAUUCUUAGAUUCUCACAUCGAAUGUAACGUUGGUUGGUUGGAACCUCUUCUGGAAAGAGUUUGUUUAAGUAGAAAGAAAGUAGCCUGUCCAGUAAUCGAAGUCAUCAAUGAUAAAGAUAUGAGUUACAUGACAGUGGACAACUUUCAGAGAGGCAUCUUUGUGUGGCCCAUGAACUUUGGUUGGAGAACAAUUCCUCCAGAUGUUGUUGCAAAAAACAGAAUUAAAGAAACUGAUGUAAUACGGUGUCCCGUCAUGGCAGGUGGACUAUUUUCCAUUGAUAAAAAUUACUUUUUCGAACUUGGAACAUAUGACCCUGGGCUUGAUGUCUGGGGAGGAGAAAAUAUGGAGCUCUCAUUCAAGGUAUGGAUGUGUGGUGGUGAAAUUGAGAUCAUUCCCUGUUCCCGAGUGGGCCACAUAUUCAGAAAUGACAAUCCAUACUCCUUCCCCAAGGACCGGAUGAAGACAGUAGAGAGGAACUUGGUGCGGGUUGCUGAGGUCUGGCUUGACGAGUACAAGGAGCUAUUCUAUGGCCAUGGGGACCACCUCAUAGACCAAGGGUUAGAUGUUGGAAACCUCACCGAACAACGGGAACUUCGAAAGAAACUAAAAUGCAAAAGUUUCAAAUGGUAUUUGGAGAAUGUUUUUCCUGAUUUGAAGGCUCCCAUUGUGAGGGCUAAUGGUGUGCUUAUUAAUGUGGCCUUGGGCAAAUGCAUUUCCAUUGAAAACACCACAACCACUUUGGAAGACUGUGAUGGAAGCAGCAAGCUUCAACAAUUUAAUUAUACCUGGCUAAGACUUAUUAAGCAUGAAGAGUGGUGCUUAGCUCCUGUCCCUGAUACCGGGGCCCUGAGGCUGCACCCUUGUGAUAACAGAAACAAAGGGCUAAAAUGGCUGCAUAAAUCAACAUCAGUCUUUCAGCCGGAACUGGUGAAUCACAUUGUUUUUGAAAAUGAUCAUCAGUUGUUAUGCUUAGAAGGAAAUGUUUCUCAGAAGACCCUGAAAGUUGCUGCUUGUGACCCAGUGAAGCAGUUUCAAAAGUGGAAAUUUGAAAAAUACUAUGAAGACUAAAGAACAACAAAUAUUUUUUUAUCCAGUAAGCCCAUUAGGCACUGUGAAAAUGACAGUGGAUGUGGGUACCAUGUUUCUCCAUGGUAGUUUACAUUCUCAAAAUUAAUAGCAUUUGAAUAGGAGAUUAAAAAACUCACAAUAGUUGAAAAACCCAAAGUGAGCUCAGGGAAAUGGUCUACCAUUGGAUUGGAGUCCUCCUUCAGCUCUCACUGGCCUUUUGAAUUGCCUGCUUCCUGCCCUAUGCUGGACCUCAGCCUGCAAGCUUCCCCAUUUGAUCAAACAGGUAACUGGAAAUGAAGCCAAAAGUACUGGAGGAAGCACUGUGAUAUUCAUGAUGACUGAGUCUGUUAAUAACCAGCUCCUUGGGCCUCACAAGUUGGUAUAAUCAAUGAGAACCUAGUCCUUUAUUUACUAUUUUUAAUAAAAAAAUUGCUUGAGAUCUUAUGGUGAAAAGACCUUAGAAACACACACAGCUGCCAUCUUGAUAAAGUCCCUCCUAACUACACACAUGUUCACCUACCAGUGUGAAAAAGUAUCAGUAUCAUACUCCCUGAUGGUAGGGCUUUGAUCGAGAUGACUACAUAAUGUUGUUCUGUUUUGUUUUUUCUCCAUCUGAGUCAGUGGAAAAAAAUUUCAGUGCGGAAGUCAAAUGCUUAUUCAAUUCUAGACAUGGAUAUUGUUUUAAUUCAUUUUGCGCUUUUCAAGCUACACUUAAAAAAAAUCAUAUUAGCAACUUCUUAGAUUUAUGUGGACAUUAAAAAAGAAUGAAAAAAGGCAAGGAAAAAGGCUAGGUCACAAUGCACGGUAGUCACCAAAAGUACAUUUCAUUGAACACACUCUAAUGCAAGAUCAAAUAAGAGGAGCUGAAACAAACAAAGCAGAAAUAGAGCACUGAGGGGCACCUGGGUGGCUCAGUUGGUCAAGCCUCUGACUCUUG